AUGGGUUGCGGGUCUUCAGUAGCCACAACGACACCUCCCGUCUCCAAUGAAAGGACGCGAACACGAAAUAAGAAAAACUCGAAUUCCAGUAGUAUUGGUUUUCGUACUACUGUCUCCUCCACAACAGCGAUGAGUCCAAACCCUAUGGCUUCAAAUGAACACCGUAUUUCCAACAGAAGUAGUGGCAGUAAUAGUAAUAAUGGUAAAACCAAAGGAAAGUUAACGAAUGCACAAACAGAGAAAUAUCCUGUCCCUGCGAGACGUACAAGUGGCAAUAGUCCACAUCAAGUGAUAAGUGAUAUGGAUGAUGAUGAUGAUUUUGAUGUGCGUUCUGCCAAUGGAGAUAUGUUAGAAAAUAGAGCCUUGUCAAGUGGGGCACUUAGCAAUGGAAAUGUAGAUAUGCCAAAUCUCGCUACUUUUUAUAAUGAACCACAGGAGUGUUUUUUCUGUUGUAGUGCCGCCGUCACACAUAUGUGUGAACAGUGUGAAAACCUUUAUAUAUGUGAUGAAUGUAUGUUUAAUGAUGCUUGCGUACAUGACCCAACACAUGCGAUUACUGGAAUACAUGAAACCCAAUCCAAUGCGAGUCGUACCUUUGGGUCUAGUUUAGUAACAGUAGAUGGUGGGGCUAGUAGUCUUUUCUAUGAUCCAUGUCUGGUAUGUGGACGUGUUAUUUUAGAUGUGGAACUUGUUUAUCACUGUGAUGAGUGUAAUGUUGUGGUUUGCGGUCAUUGUUAUCAAAAGAGUGGGGCUAUGGUUCAUGAACAUGAAUUAAAGUCUUUUCAACGGGCUAUUCGAAGUAAUGCGGCUAGUUAUGCCUUACUUAGUAAGAGUCGAAAUAGUGAGGGUAAUAAGGUUAUCAAUGAUUAUGUAGUUGUGAAACAACUUGGUAGGGGAUCUUAUGCAAAGGUAAAUUUAGUUCAACAUCGUCGUGAACGUGCCUUAUAUGCUUUAAAAAUUCUUAAACGUAAUCGUAUGAAUAAAAGUAAACGAUUUUUAUCACCCAAAUCGGGAUCUGAAGAUGAUGACUUAUUACGUGAAAUUGCCGUUAUGAAAUUUGUUUCUCAUCCUAAUAUAGUAAAACUUAAAGAAGUUAUUGAUGAUGUUGAGGCGCAAAAGGUGUAUGUGAUUAUGGAAUAUUGUGAAAAAGGGCCUAUUCAUGUCCUUGGUCAUCCCCCACUCCCUUUAGAAAAAGUACGAAAAUAUGCUCGAGAUAUUAUUUCUGGUCUUUUAUAUAUGCAUAGGGAAUAUUUAUUUCAUCGUGAUAUUAAACCAGCCAAUUGCCUUGUAGAUGGGAAUGAUGUAGUGAAGAUAGCAGACUUUGGUACGUGUAGUAGUCAAAUGAAGAAUGCCAACAUUGAUGGUACACCUGCGUAUUCAUGCCCUGAGCAGUGUCUUGGACUUCGCGUGACGGGUGAUGUUGUUGAUAGUUGGGCCUUUGCAGUAUCAUUAUAUCAAAUAUCACAUGGAUAUCUUCCUGUUCGUUCGGGUAGUUAUGGAGAACUUCGUAAUAGUUUAUUAGGAAGUGCUCCAAUAGAGAUUUCACCUAAAAUUGAUCCGCAAUUACGGGAUGUACUUUCUCGAAUGCUUGAAAAAGAUUUUUCUAAACGUAUGUUAUUGCGUGGGGCGGCAAGACAUCCUUUCUUUGGUAUGAGUCCACAAGAAGUUCCUGCACUUCAUGAAGAGAGAUGUGAAAAUGGAUAUGGGGCACCAAAUAAGGAAUUAUAUCUACGAGCCUUAAAGGGAGUCUUGAGAGGAAAGGGAUUGAGUAGUUAUUUCCAUGGCACUCGGGCUAUUCGUAAAAUUAAUCGAAAUGAAGUGAAUUAUAAUCUCUCUCCUAGUGAUGAUUUGAUAGAGGAACCAAGUGAGAAUAAGAAUAACUGCAAUGAUGGUAAAAAUGGUAAUGAUUCCAAUGAUAAAAAUAGAGGAAAUAAUAAUAAUAAUAAAAAUAAUAAUAAUGAUAAUAAUGAUAUUAAUAAUAUGCAAGAGAUGGUGGAAUGCAUGAGUCCUCCAAGUGAGAUUGACAAUCUUCAAGUGAUUUCAAUGAUGUUGGAGACACAAAAACAAGGAAAAUUAGAAAUUACCGAUAUUGUUUUACAUGAACUUCCAACCUUCUUAUCAGAUGCAGCACCUCAUACCACGGAGUUCCGAUUAUCUAAUAAUGGUAUUUCUUCUGUGGCAAAUCUUGAUUUCUCACUAUUUAGUUUAUUACGUGAAGUGAGUAUUACGAAUAACGCUCUCACAGUGUUUCCGAUUGAAGUUCUUGCGGCCCAACGUCUUCAGAAAUUAGAUCUCUCUCAUAAUCGUAUUGUAGAUAUCCCACCAGCUGUAAAUCGAGCUAGAAUGUUAGAACGUUUAUCUCUUCAUAGUAAUUGCAUUAAAAGUGUUGGAACCGAUAAAGCUAAAAAUUCAGUUUUCUCCGGUCGUUGUUUACGACAUGUACGAUUGAGUUGUAAUCCAUUACUACAUCUCCCAGAGGCAUUAUCCACAUGUCCCAAUUUAGAAUUAGUAUUAGAUGAUGCCCCUACAUUAGUAGAGGAAUGGGAACAUAUAGUCUCCAAGGUACCAAAUGUGGUAGUCGUAUGGAAUGAUAUCUAUCCCCGUCUGGUCCAUUCAAUCCUUCCAGUGUAUGUAGCUUCCAAGAAUAUACAUCUCUACAAGUUAAAAAUACUUCAUACGCUUAAUAUUCAACACGUGGUACUCUUGCAAAUUGAAAAAUGGCUUCCACUUGGGAAAACAGAGGGAAAAGAAAUGGAACGCUGUGUGCAACGCAAUACACAAGAAACAACAACAACAACAGCAGCAGAGGCGGUACCAGAGCGGGCACGACGAGUAGUGAGUUGUGUAGAUGUGAUGGAUAUCGUCUCUUCAUCUCCCACACAUAAUUUACCGCCCAUUCUGCAGAAGGCGGCAUUUGAAACUAUAAAGAGUUACUUUGUCAUUUCAGAAGUUCCGGAGGAUCCUUUAGCGGGUUUCAUUCCACUGCGGAAUUAUGUUGCGGAGCGGAGACGACUUAAUGAGCGGGUUUUAUUUUUUCUGGAGGAGAAGCGAAUGUCGAGAUCUUCGCGGGAAACGGCUAUUGGGGUUAUUUGUUCCACUUUGCAAGAUCACAUGGGACCCGAAACUCCAGUGUGUAAAUGUUAUCAAAUGGUAAUGGAUGCGAUAAGAGGACUCUACGGUUGA